CUUUUGUCUGUGAUUUUAAUUUUUAACUUUUUUGAUGGUUGAUUUGAUUGAAUACAUUUUUUUUAUUAAUUAUUUAAUUAAAAGUAGCGAAAGUAAGACAGUAAGAAGUGAAAGUACUGAAAAUCUUAUAAACAAAAAAUUGUAAGAAAAUGGCCUAUAACCCAGGGUACAAUCCAGGCGCCCCAGGGGGCUACAACCAACCAGGUUAUGGCGGGCAAGGGCAACCAGGCUAUGGCGGGCAGGCGCAACCAGGUUACGGCGGGCAGGCGCAACCAGGUUAUGGCGGGCAAGCGCAACCAGGUUACGGCGGACAAGCAGGCCAACUGGAAAUGGGCCACGGUCCAUACCCGUCCAUAGGCGCGGGCGGCACCAUAUCACCACAAGUGCAGCAGUGGUUCAGUGCAGUGGACAAGGACCAGUCGGGAUUUAUAACGGCGCCAGAGUUGAGAGCGGCGUUGGUCAAUGCUCAGGGACAGUCUUUUUCGGAGACUGCGUGUAGCCUCAUGAUUGGCAUGUUUGACAAAGAUCGUUCGGGACACAUCAACUUGGAAGAAUUCGACAAAUUGUAUACUUACAUAAACCAAUGGCUUGCUGUGUUCAAAACAUACGAUUCAGAUCAGUCUGGCAGCAUCGAUGAGCAGGAAUUGUCAAAAGCGCUGACACAAAUGGGAUUCCGUUUCACGCCUGACUUCAUUAGCUUCCUGUCAAAGAGAUGCGACCCUAGGGAGGGGAAAAUAUCUGUGGACAACUUCAUAGUGUUGUGCGUACAAGUGCAACGCUUCACUGAAGCAUUUAAACAGAGGGACACUCAGCAGAACGGCACAGUGACGAUUGGUUUUGAAGAUUUUCUCAAUGUUGCGCUAAGUUGCUCCAUAUAAAUGAAGACAAUGAACGCUACGUAAAGAUGGGACUUCAUAGGACAAUUUCGAACUACCUACAAAAUGCUGCGUAGUUACAUUGCGUUACGACACCUCAGAUAAUAUUAAUGCAAUAUUUAUUAUGCCAUUCCUCAAAAGCCUUUUAUAGCCUCAGUUAGGCAAGAUUUUGUUAGCGCAUGGGAAUAUUCUUUUUAUAAUAAAAAAAAAAACCACAAGUAGUAUUCCGGAGUGGAUUUAGGCUUGAAUACAAUGAACGCUUGAUUUAGAUACUCCAUAGAACAAUUUGAAACUACCCACAAACUUUUGUUUAGAGUUACAACUUACAACACCACAGAUACAGAAGUAUAAUGUUAGUGCAAUAUUUAUUAAGCCAUUCCUCAAAGCCUAAUAUUUUUUUAUAAUCCAAAAUGCUGACCAUAAGCAAUAUUCCGGAGUUGACGCAGGCUUGAAAUACUAGUAUAGACGUUAUUUUUUUUAAUUUAGACAGUAUUCAUUUCAAAACUAUGACGUCAGUAUCGCUAUUCUAAUAACAUGUUUGAUGUUUCUUUAACUGGACAGUGUAAGAUUCGAAUUAAUUACACGUACUGACGAGAUUACAACUUUACUUUACUUUACUUUACAGAAUAAAAAUACAUAAACAUUCAUACAUGUUGUAAUUCCAGGACAGCAAAAUAAUUCUAUUAUUUAAUGUUUAAAAAACUAGUAGAGGUGGACUGCGAAUGGCAAAAAAUUGCCAUUACUUUGUAUGGAGAUAUUAUAGGGUUGGGUAGUUUAAAGCUUUACGUUUUUAGGGCAACUACAUCUCUGACACAGUUGUGAAACUGCGGUUUUCAAAAAAGAGGUCCUGAGUUCAAUUCCUAACUCAGGUCAAUUUAGGAUUUAUAUUUUCAAAAUUGGCUCAGUUCUAGUCUAGGCAUCGGUCGUGGCUAGUGGUCGUGGUCUUACCGGCAAAAACGUACCGCCAAGUGAUUUAGCAUUCCAUCACAUUCUUGAGAUCACAGUGAAAAACCAACUUGUCAGUGAAUAAAAAAAAAAUCUCUAUGAUGAUUGUAAAAAAAAACAGUUCUAAGUUCAAUGUAAACUAGUUAAAUACGAUAAGUUUUCUGUGUGAUGCAUAAUAAUCAAUCGACUGAAUGGCAUUAGAUCUUUGGUCGCUUUGCAUUUCUUUAAUUUUUCUUUAUCCAUAGCACUGUGAUCACUAGACCCCAUGGGCGAUUAUCACCACUAUUCUGUAUGUAUUCUGUUUUUUAUAACUCAACAGUGUGACUUUCGAAUUCAUCUCUAUCUCUCUCUAUAGUAUGGCAUUAGACAGAAAGAUAUAGAGAUGACAUUUGAGUGUAAGUUUCGAAUUUAUCUCAACUUACUACUUGUUGAGUUAUAAAAAUAUUGUUACAGAAUAGCAUUGCUGCUCUUACCUUGAAAAAUAAGCCGCUUGAAUUACCCUUUUAUAUGAAGCUCACAUAAUAAUAAUUAUAAUAAAUACGUAGUGCUCUUGGAUAAAAACACUUGGGUUCAAUUUAGAUUUGAACUUUUAACUGCCCCACCAACAUAGCUUCCAUGCGCUAUAGAUUAUAUUAAUGUUAAGAAAAAAAAAAUGGUUUUUCAUUUAUUUAUUUUAUAUAGACAUUUUAUACAGACAAUAUGUGCACAUUGAGCCUGUUGCGCGUAAUUUCAAUAAAGUUUUAUCACACAA